GACUUCUUUAAGCGCCACAACCUCUACAAAACCCCCACACCUAGUGGCAACUUCUUCCUUUUGCAUGCGGCCUCUUCCCUCCCCAGCCUUCAGACACGUGUGGGUUUGCUCGGCAGUGAUCCUUAAGUCAUGCCCCUCACAAGCUCUGCCCCACGGCUUCUGCCUUGACUUCCACCUCUUCGGCCAUGGAACCAUCUUCUUGGGCAUCAUUCUGUCCAAAGCAUUGCACCUGCCCUCAAGAACAACAAUCCGGCGGUGCUGCGAUGCCACUCUUGUGUCGCAAUGUCAUCGUCGCUCGACGCCGUCGAAGCGCGAUGCUCCAGCGCUCGCCAUCACAUUAAGCGACUCUUCGUGGGGGACGAGACUCGGCCCCGCCAACGCUUCAUACCUGCUGACAGGCUUCGAUCUUAUCUCACAAGAUCGAAAGUUACAUGGUUACUUGAAUGCAAUUGUCCAACCUGUAUCAAAGAUCAUGGGCUAUUCCGGCGGGGGCGAAUUGAGUUUAUCGGCAGCAUCGUGGGGCAUGAAAACUACUCGAACACUCAACCAGAUCCAGGAAGGACAGCGUUGGUACUCUUCGCCCUUCUUAUUUUUAUUGAGCAUCCAUUACUUAUCCUUGGCUUCGUCAUGCGGCGGUGCUCUGAUCAUGCACUCGAAAGGACUCCUACGCUAUUUUCUCUGGAUCAUCUGCGGCAAGAAUAUUGCAAGGAGUAUGCCCACCGUGUUGGGGAUUCACAGUUCAAGGAAUUUGCAACUGACUUUGCCGAAUACCUCCCAAAGUUUGCUAUACCAAGGAUGGAUUCCGGGGAGUAUUCGGUCUAUGGGCCAGAUACCAUUUUGCCUUUCUUGAAAGAACAAAAGAUCGGAGUACGAGGGCUGGACGGCGAAAUUCGACAAGAAGGUGCUUAUGGUAAAGUCUAUUCCUUUCAGAUCUAUGAAGAGUACAGGCAGUUUCCACAUGCGAAGGAGUACACGAGGUUCGCGCGAAAGGAGCUUGACAGCGCCAGCGAGUUGGCCUUCACCCUCGAGAACAAGAAUCUUGAGCAGGCGACGACUCUACAAGAUCCGCACAUUGUCAAAAUGAUCAAGGCAUACAAGCAUGGCGAUACCUUCAAUCUGAUCUUUCCUCUAGCGAAGACCAAUCUUGACCAUCUCCUUCGAGAUCCCACCUUCGACACCAGCAACUCUAUACAUGGGCCUAUUGAGUCUCGUCCGGCAUGGAACCAACUGCUUGGUAUUACAAAGGCAUUGGGGAGAAUCGGCGGACCGAAUGGGGCUGAGACUAUUUUCGGUCCCAGUGAGAAACAACAAUUCCAAGGGGUGCACUUCGAUCUAAAGCCAGCAAACAUAUUGGUUGAUGAUAAUGGCACUUGGAUCAUAUCUGAUUUUGGACAAUCCACCUUUCGAGAAACCACCAGGAGUUCUUCGAGGGUUGUGAACCAGGGAGGAACCGAUGCGUAUGCACCUCCAGAGAUCGAUAACCUUGAUUCCCGUUUUAGUCGGCGGUACGAUAUUUGGUCCCUCGGAUGCAUUAUGUUAGAGGUCGUGGCAUUCGUCCUUCUAGGCCAUGACGGCCUGCAUGGCGAAGGGGGGCUCGAUCAUGUUCGCUUCACAAAGUCCUCUUGGAGCUCACGAAAAGAUCACAGAUUCUUCUGUCAGGAGUCCCCAAAAGGUAAAUGUAUUGUCAAGAAAGGAAUUGUUACCUUCAUGAAUUCUUUGAAGGAAUUGGGCUGUCUUCGUGGCCAGCAGAAAAGUCGAGUGUUCGUCGAGAGCAUUCUCGAACUAAUAACAAAGAUGCUGGAACCCGAGGCCGAGUACAGAAUCGAGAUUGGCGAUGUCAUUCGACGCCUCAACGCAGCUAUGGACAGUGCACGAGAGGAUUCGCAGGCACUGGGUCAAAUGAAUGCCGAACACGGUGAACGUUCCAUUGGCGAGUGUGCUCUUAAGGGUAUCCGCAUUUGGCAUUCGAGACAAAACGAUUGGCAAUCGGUCUCCUUGCGUAUAUUUGAAGACUCAGAUUUCAAUCUGCGCACCUGUACAGUUCUGAAAAACAAUACUGCCCCAAGUGAGGACCAUCUUAUAAGAAGCUCGGUCAUGAUCAUUCCGCGGUACGCCUUUCGCGACAAGGAGACGUCGGCAACCGCACUCUACUUCUCCCACAUAAACCAAGGAGGGCCAAAAUAUCCAGGCUCAGUGUUCUCCUUUGACAAGUCACAAGACGCUUGGGUUGUGCAAACUGCUCUCACAGGUCAGAAGGUAGAAGCUAGCUUCCCUCUUGAGAAUAUAAAGUAUGAGGAGUAUACUUCCUUCAGUGGGAAGCUCUCGCGACUCCUCCACACCAAAGGUGAGAAGAAGGAAGGCUAUUACAAAGAUCUCGGGCCUGGCACUGUGCAGCUGUGGUCCGAAGUUUCUGAUGAACAAGAGAAACCAAGAAAAACUAGUAUUGUAUCUUCAACUGGAGGCUCACCUCGCCCUGUUAGGAUGCAGCCACAUCAACAGCCUGGAUAUCGACCAGUUCCUCUGCGUCGAGUGGUAAUAUUCGUUCACAAAUCAAGGAAGAUAAUUUUGGUUCCAAUGGACCGUAAUUGGUGUGAAGACAACAAGCGACGAGAUGGGGAGCCUGCGGGGUUCCUUCAGCUCAUCCCCCGGAAUCCUGCUCGAGAUCCAUCCUUCGUAGCAACUACACUUCUUCCCUUGAGACCGGACGAUGAUGGUUCCUUUGCGGGUAUCCCACUUUGUUCAGCAAUCCUCCACAGUAUCGAACACCAGAAUCGCUUCGAAUGCGUUUCGAUCGGCGUCACUUUCCGGACCGAAGACUCCAGAAAAAAGUUUUCGGAAACAUCUCGCGGUAUGUGGAAGGAGUGGCAUACGCAAACAAAAGCAGCUGAGCGCCAGCCCGGGUACACUCGUGUGCCACCGCCAGUACAGCGUGCGCCACUAAUACCUCUAACCGUACAAAAUCAACCGAAACCUCAGUCAAGAAUCCGAUCUUGGAACCCCCUCCGGACUUCUUCAAGCAACACGAAUAAAUCGAGCGGGUCUACUUCUAGAGAAGAUGCCGUACUACCUGCACCACACAGAGGAGGGGGCAGGGGGGGACAGGGGGGGGGUCAAGAAGGCCAUUGAAGAACGGCGAAGCUAACCCAUGACCAUUCCUCGCUUCAAGAGUUUAAACGCAUGUCUUCUAAAAUAUACUCAAUAGACAGCACCAUUUAGAGACUUUUCAAUUUCGAUGGUCUCCCUGGUUCGCAGUGCAAUGCUUUUGUUCAAUGGAAACUCGCAAUACCGCAGAUUCGAGCCUUGCUGA